AUGCACCCUUACAGCCCCUUGUAUGGAUUUAUGGAGCUCUUCUAUGCAUUCAUUAUUUCCGGAAUCUUUUAUCUCGUCGAGAAAUUUUUAUUCAAGGAAGUUAGUCCUGGGCCAAGAAUUGUCGAUAUCCAUCAGCAUCUUUGGAGUCAACAGGUCGAGAAAGAGCCAGAAAUGUAUAUAAACAUGAAAGGAAUCAUCGAUACGUUGCAGAGAUUGCCUGCUUCAUUCCGAAGAAGAAACCGCCUUGGGACGACAAUUGAAGAAGAUACAUUUGAGCCAACAAGCCUUGAUUUUGAAAAACUACAAACAGUCACGUCGUAUUAUGAGCUCACAGAUGAUUACAACCAGCUCACUUUGGAUGGCAAAAAUACGGUCGAUAAAUUGAUGAAAUGGAAGCAGCGAUUUCCGGAAGAAAACUUCACCCGUGCUCAUGAGAUUGAGCAGUACGUUCGAAAUCGCAAGAACUCUUCAACAGGCGGUGUCGGAGAGCCGGGUGGAUCAAGAUACAGUGUCGUUACUGAUUUCACAAAGGCAUCAACGAAGAGAGGCCGAUUCGAGGUAACGACUGAGAUCUCUCCCGAAACAACAACGAUGGCGAUUCAAGAGCAAAGCCCAGAAACGACGGAAUCUUCGCCCGAUACAAGCUCAUCAAAUGGACUUCCCUCCUACGAACCGUACGAUAUCACAGACGAAGGUCCCAAGAGAACAUCUUCGGUUGUACAGAAGAAAACCAUUGAGCGCUCGAUAAGUGUACAGCCGAACACUGUUCAAAAGAAACCGCUGCAAGCACAAAUUAGUAGUCCGCCAGUUGGACUUUCCUCGAGGUUCAAAAUUUCAACGGUAGAUGAAACAAACUUGCAAGAAAAAGAAUCCUUAACCCAAAACAACGACGUAUUCCAAGGUGAAAACAAGGAAGAGAGCCCGAACACUUCUGCAGAAAGUGAUGACGUCUUCAUUGUCGAAAAAGUUGUCGAAGAUAACUCUGAAGCAUAG